AUGGCUGAUUCCUUACGUCGAAAUUCAUUUUCUGAAAUACCAUCAGUUAUAUCACAUUGCCGUCGAUGUCAACUUGAUAUUGAAUCUGAUCCACAAUGUAAUGGACGCACAAGAAUAUUAUGUCCAUUUUGUGGAGAAUUUCUUAUUCGACCUAAUUUACCAAAUAUUCAACAAUUAAAAAUAGAUAUUCAGAGAAGAGCCAGAGAUGAUCAUAUUGAUCAUGGUUUAAGUCUUCGUUCACGUUUUAGUCGAACAUUUAAUCGGAUAAUUUUACGAAGACAAAAUAUUAUUAAUAAUAAUGGUAUAACAGGAAGUCAUAGACGAAAUCAAAUAAUUACAAAUGUUAAAUUACCAUCGAUUGAAAAUAAACAACAAACAAGCGAAACAACAAGUAAAGAAAACCUAACAUCAUCGUCAUUACCAAUGCUAACUACAAUAUCUUCUCUGCCAUCGAUUAAUAUUUAUAAUUAUGAAAGUUUUCAGCGUUUGAUUAGUGAUGAAAAUCCUGAUAAUGAUCAAAUAUUUGCUUUUUUUUCAAUGUUUUAUUCAAAUUUCGUUUAUAUGAUACAAUCAUUAACACUGAAUGAUAACACAAAACAAAUAGAUUGGAGAUAUCUUCAAAUGAUUCAUGAGUAUAUUAUAAACAAUUCUGAUACAAUAUCUCGAUUAGUACUCAAAACAAUUGCAUCAUGUUGUAUACGAGAAGUUCGUUCAUGUGAAAAUACUCUCAAAGGUUAUACCAUUCUUAUACUGGCACCUGUUUUCGAUGAUUCAUCAAAUAAUCAUAUAUUUGCUCAUGUAUUACGUCGUAUUGCACAUUUUGUAGAUCGUGAACAUCAAGAAAUAGUGUCACUUUUACAAACAUUACCAGUUGAAAUGUUUCGAUCAACUGUUCAUCGUUUACAAACAUUUGUUGCUAUAAAUCUUUUCCCAUCACGUUCAGAUAAUUCAACAUCAGCUUUUGUCAAUGGCUGGUGGGUUCCAUGUGCUAUUCGAGCAUUAGCAUUAUUUACUAAUAAACAGUUAAAUCGAAUUUUUAUGAAUUAUAAUGAAUUUAUUAUUGAUUUACUUGAUGAUAUUGAUAUUGAAUUUGAAUAUCAUCUUUGGUUAAAAAGAUCAACAGGUUUUACAUUUUGUCAAUAUCCAUUUGUGCUAAGUAUUAAUGCAAAACGGACUAUAUUAAAACGUGAUUCCGAACAACAAAUGAUUAUUAAUGCUCGUCGUAGUAUGGUACAAAAAUUUCAAAAUAAACAAACACCAAAUUUAAAUAUGCUUUUUUUAAAUCUUUACAUUCGACGAUCACAUUUAGUUCUUGAUUCUCUUACUGAAGUUACAAAAAAGCGUGAUGAUUUAAAGAAAAAAUUACGUGUAACGUUUGUCGGGGAACAUGGUCUUGAUAUGGGUGGUUUAACAAAAGAAUGGUUUCUUCUAUUACUUCGAGAAAUAUUUUUACCUGAUUAUGGAAUGUUUGUAUUUUAUGAGCUAUCUGGUGUUUUUUGGUUUAAUGGUGCAUCAACUGAUAAUAUUCGAGAAUAUAAUUUAGUUGGUAUAUUAAUGGGUCUAGCAGUUUAUAAUGCAAUUAUUCUUGAUAUACGUUUUCCUUUGGUUUGUUAUAAAAAACUUUUAACACCUGCAUUUAUAACAGAACCUAUGAACAAUUUAUCAAAAACUAAAGUUGGAAUUAUUAAACCAAUAUUAGCAGAUUUUCGAACAAUUCGACCUGAUAUUGCAAAUAGUCUUCAAUAUUUACUCGAUUAUGAGGGAAAUGUCGAAGAAGAUUUUGGUCUUACUUUUGAGGUUUCCGUGGCUCAAUAUGAUACAGCAAUGAUAUAUUCAUUGAAAGAAAAUGGGUCAAAAAUUGAUGUAACAAAUGAAAAUCGAAAUGAAUAUGUUGAACUGUUAAUUGAUUUUUAUAUAAAUAAACAUAUAUCGAAACAAUUUGAAGCGUUUUACUAUGGUUUUCAUAGUGUUUGUUCAUCAAAUGCACUACUUUUACUUGUACCAGAAGAACUUGAAAUGUUAAUAUGUGGGAUGGAACAAUGCAAUUUAAGUAGUUUAGCUAAUAUAACUAAAUAUGAGAAUUGUAAUCCAAAUGAAAAUUUUAUCAAAUGGUUUUGGCAAGUUGUAGAAGAAAUGCCAUCAGAUAAACAAAGACGUCUUUUAUUAUUUGUUACUGGUAGUGAUCGAAUGCCAAUAGGAGGAUUAUGUGAAAUGACAUUUAAAAUUGCAAAAAUAUCGUCCAAUAAAUGUAAUAUCAAUGAUUUGUUACCCAUGUCACAUACAUGUUUCAAUCAAUUACUUUUACCGCCUUAUCCAACCCGUGAAAUUCUUAAAGAAAAAUUAUUUUUGGCUAUUGAAAAUUGUGAAGGCUUUGGUAUCGAAUGA